CAGUCUGUUCCACACACGAUGCGACUGGACUUAUCGCAGCGCUCUGGCAGGCGGAUAUCGAUUCAUAUCAACACACAUAGGUCGUAUUACACCACACUCGUGCCGCGUACCGGCGGCUGGUUAUUUACCAACGACGAUACCGACAUCUAGACGUGUGAUCAACGAGGAAACUAACUCUCAGUUUAACGGCAUCGAGAACACUGGGUGAUAUAGUGUUAAUAGGAGUUACAUGUUGGAUUAUAACUAACUAUUACAAACAGAGAAAGGAAGUCAGAGAGAGAGAAAUAGAUAGGGGAAACAACAAACAAAAUGGCGGAUGUUUCUUAUAACGGCGAUAACUGCAUUGAACCGGAAGGAGAUUCUAUAUUGGGACAGGACGAUAUCGAAACAGAGGGAAGGACGCAUCACUUGCGUAACCCGAACACGAUGCGGAAAACAGCGGGUGACGUCAGGAAGUUCGUCGACUGGUUGAGAGGCGUCAACGAAAGGCGGCAACCCGAACAUAUUCCGCUGAAGGAACUCGAUGAGUAUAUGGCGAAUUUUUUAACGACUGCCAGAAAGUUGGACGGCCAGGAAUACGAGAUCGAGUCUCUGAAGUCGUUCCAGUGCAGCAUCAACCGAUACCUCAUCGACAAACAGGUGUGCGUCAACGUGCUGGCCGACAAGGAGUUUAAACACUCCAGGGAGGUGCUGUUGUUGAAGAGGAGGGAGCUACGGAGGUUAGGAGGGAAAGCGGCAAAACAAAAUAAAGCCGAGCCUUUCACAGCGCAGGAGAUUAACCUACUCUACGCCAGUAAUCUACUCGGAACAGGCAAUCCCCGUGCUCUACUGAACACAGUGUUUCUGAACAACACACUCUACUUCGGGAUGGAGUCUCGGCGGGAGCACGUCCGCCUGCGAUGGGGAGACAUCCAGCUGAAGACCACCAGCCAGGGAGUCGAGUUCCUCGAGUACUCGGGCGGCAAAUCUUGCAAACCUAAACCAGCGAUCGGCAACACCGCCGUCAAGAAAAGCACGUGCACGCUGUUCGCUGAUCCAGAGAACGCAAGGUGCCCGGUUCAAGCCUACCGAAUAUUUGCUGCGAAGCGCCCCAAAGACAUGCUGUUGGCCGACUCCUCGUUCUACACGGGCAUCGUGCGGCUGUCGAAACAGGGCGACCACUGGUACUCGAGUAACGCGCUCGGCAAGAACACGGUCGGCAAAAUAGUGCGGCACAUGUGUGAGGAGGCGGGCAUUGUGGGAAGGAAGAUGAACCACACUCCACAGAAGGUCGUCACGUUGGCGUGUGUGACGGCUCCGCCACCUCUACUGCAGCUGCAGGAACAUUUAAACGUGAACACUUUGAGUUGCGUUCAGCGAGUGGGCGGUGACAACAGGAGCACGUGGUGCUACGUCCUCAACAACGUCAAGCAGACGACACUAGGCGGGAAGCGGGAACACGCAGCAACCAUUGGAGGUGAAGCGGCAGAAACGCCCGCAGUUCAAGAGAAGGUAUCUCGCCUCUCGGGGAAGACGCUAGCCUUGGCAACGGGUCAGGGAACAACCAGCGUGCCAAACAGUUCCACCGUGCCAUGCAAUUCCACCGUGCCAAACAGUUCCACCGUGUCAAGCAGUUCCACCGUGACAAACAGUUCCACCGUGACAGCGAUAGAAUGUUCCAGGAGUGUGGGGAAACCCGAAUCCAUGGCCGGAUUUUCAAACACAGAAGCAGAUGAAGUGAAGAUGGAGGACAUUAAAAAUAUAGAUGAAGUUGAAGUGAAGAUCGAAAACGUCGAAGAUGAUGACGACUAUGAUGACUGUAACCAUAUUGUCACUCACACUGAUUCUCAUUUUAAUCAACGGUCGAACGCAACGCCUCCUGCUGACAUGGGAACUCAUGUACAACAGAAGCACCAACAGCAAAAACACCACCACCAGCAGCAACAGCAGAAACAACAGCAACAGCUACAGCAGCAACUACAGCAACACUACGCAUGUUCACGCCUCGAACCUGGCCAGUCGGAUGUUGCUAAUGACAUUGCUAAAAUAGAGACAGAUAGGUUAGCCGUGGAGCAGGAGAGACUGAAUGUGGCGAGGGAGAGGUUGGAACUGGAAAAACAACUGCUGCAGAUAGAACGAGAACGAGUUCGUCUGGAAAGACAGCGACUGGAUCAGAGCAAGCGCUUCUAAAACAUUCCUUCAAACAAUACGUGCUAUAGUCACCAGUGCUUUUAUCUUUGGAGAAAUUCAGUUGUACACUUUAAGACUGGUAAACGUUAUACUUUUUAUUUGCUUCAUGAAAAAAUAAAAAUGAACAGCAACAAAAAACCCUACAGAAACAAAAUAAAGAAAACAACAACAACAAAACACCUAGCGUAUGGCAGACAUUUUACAUUCCCAGAAAGAACGUAUUGAGCAAACAUUACGUUUAAGACGUUAAACGAUUUUGAGGAUCUUCUUCCGACUAAACAUUGUUUGUGUUCCAAACAGAACAAGAACGAGUUUGUCGUCACAGACGUACAGCUCAGUUGGUGCUGUUAUUGGAAGUUGUUAUCCUUCCCGGGUUUUUUUUAUUUUAGUAUAAAACCUUUUC